AUGAUCAUUUUCCCUGAUCACGACAUCGCUGCGGAGACAAAUCGGUAUGCCAGCGAAAAACAGACAGAGAAACCUGACGGGAAUUGGAGACCAACUAACGCACGAGAAAUCAGAGCUUUUUUGGGUUUUCAAGUUGUAAUGGGCAUUGUAUCUGCGCCGACACAGGAUAUGUAUUGGACAAGAGAUUCCCUGUUUCGACCUACAACCAUAUCUGAGAGGAUAACAAGGCAGCGAUUUGAGGAUCUCGCUCGAUAUUUUCACGUCUGUGACAAUAGUACGAACCCACCCAGGGGCCAGGAAGGUCAUGACAAACUCAGUCAUGUCAGGUCAGUUAUGACCAAAAUAACAACCAACCUGAGAGAUGGAUACAAACCUCAUAGAGAUGUAUCUAUUGACGAGGCCAUGAUAGGUUAUACAGGGAGGCUGGCAUUCAAACAGUAUGUCCCGAUGAAACCGACAAAGCGGGGCAUCAAGGUCUGGAUGCGUGCUGAUCCUAAUAAUGGAUAUGUAAACGAAUUCCAAGUUUACACCGGAAGACGGGGACCGGAUCCAGAACAUGGCCUUGGAGAGAGAGUGGUAUGGGACCUUACACGCCACAUAGCCGGGCAAAACCAUCAUGUGCUCUGUGAUAACUAUUUCACAUCUGUGAAUUUGUUUGAAAGGCUACUGGCAAAGAACACAUAUGCUUGUGGUACUGUCCGUGUCAACAGAAAGGGUUUGCCGAAGGAAGUAACCACAGCAAAAUUAAAAAUCCAGGGUGACAUGGUCCAACGACAGAAGGGGAACCUUGUAGCCACAGCAUGGAGAGAUAAACGUACUGUCGAUGUACUUGGUACAAACAGUGACCCACAAACCACGACGACUGUUACCAGAAAACAGAAAUCGGGACAGUUGAAAGAUGUCAGGGUGUCCGGACGUCAUAAAAAACUACACGGCAAACAUGAAUGGCGUAGAUCGCGCUGA